GAAUUAAUUUAUUGAUCAAACUAGAAAUAUGUCACAGUUUGUAAACAACCUAAGUCCAGUCAGAGCAUCUUAUACUCGGAGUUAAUUUUUAAUAAGAAAAUGGGUGAUUUUGGAGAAGAUAGCGAUGAAAGUGAUGGCGAAGGAUGUUUGGGAAAUGUUAAUAGAGUCAUUAUGAGACCGCCUGGACAUAGCGGGAAAGCAAAAAGAGGUCAUUUGUGUUUUGAUGCUUCUUUUGAAACUGGGAAUUUGGGAAGAGUUGACUUAAUCAACGAGCAUGAAUACGAUUUAUUCAUUAGACCGGAUACUUGUAACCCAAAACUUCGAUUUUGGUUUAAUUUUACCGUUGACAACGUGAAACAAGAUCAAAGAGUUAUUUUCAACAUAACAAACAUAUCCAAAGUAAGAAAUUUAUUUAAUUUCAACUUAACACCGUUGGUGAAAUCAACAUCGCGACAAAAAUGGCAAAGAAUCCCGAAGAAAAACGUUUUCUAUCAUCGAUCUCCUUUUCACCAAAACAACUAUGUAUUAACAUUUACGUUUGCCUUCGAUAAAGAAGAUGAAAUCUAUCAAUUUGCUUUAUCGUAUCCUUACAGUUAUUCAAAACUACAAAUGUUUUUGAAAUCGUUGGAAACUAAAGGAAGUAAAUAUGUCAAAAGGGAAACUUUAGGGAAUAGCAUCCAAAAACGUAAACUAGAUUUGAUUACUAUUUCAAACGAAACUAGUGUCAAAUCAAACAAAGUCAACGUUAAACAAAGAAUUGUUAUUAUAAUGGCGAGACUUCACCCUGGAGAGGCGGCGUCGAGUUUUGUUUGUCAAGGUUUAAUGGAAUUUUUAAUCAGUUCCCAUCCAAUACCGACUUUAUUAAGAGAACACGUCACCUUUAAAAUCAUCCCCAUGCUAAAUCCAGAUGGCGUUUUCUUAGGAAAUUAUCGAAGUACAGUUAUGGGGUUUGAUUUAAACAGGUUUUGGCAUGUUUCUUCCGAGUGGACGCAUCCUACAUUAAAAGCCACUUUAGAUAUGGUCGUAAAUAUCGAAAAUAACAAAGAUUGCCAAUUAGAUAUUGUAAUUGAUAUUCACGCACAUUCAAGUUUAACGGGCUGUUUUAUUUAUGGAAACAGUUAUGAGGAUGUUUAUAGAUAUGAAAGGCACACAGUUUUCCCAAAAAUUUUAUCAACGCUCUGCGAUGACUACGUCAAAGAAAACACCAUGUUUAAUUCGGACCAACACAAAUUAGGAACAGCUAGGAGAUAUUUAUGCGCAGUUUUAAACAACAAUGUAAAUUGUUACACGUUUGAAGUGUCUCUAUUUGGGUAUAAAUUGGAAGGAUCAAACGUAAUUAUUCCUUAUACAGAAGAAAAUUAUAUGAGAUGUGGGCGAAAUUUAAUAAGAGCCCUCCUAGAAUAUUACAAAGCCAUUGGGGCAAUACCCGAACAAUUAUUAUCAACGAAAAAGAAAAAAUAUCGGAGAAGAAGAUCGCGGUCAACGCUAAGUUCGAGAAGAGUUUCCCCAACUCGAAUUCCCGCUUCAAUUUACUACAAAGAAUUAAACAUGAAUUACGAAAGCGAUUUUUCCGACGACUUUAAUUCUUAUAGGCACCCAAAAAUUCCAAGCAAGUUCGCCGAAAAACAAGAAAAAAGAAUCAAAAAGGUUGGAGGGGGCGGAAUUAUAUCCACCGGGAUAACAUCGCCCAAAAUACAAUAUUUAGGAACCCCAGAACCGUAUUUAUCCAUCGUAGACUUUAACAUGCUUGUGGAUGAUUUAGAUAAAGUUUCAAAAAAAUAAAUGUCUACACAAUUAGGAAAAUAAACGCAUCAUUUAA